AGGUAUUUAUCGAGCACUUUGCUCUCCCGUGCCCUAUAGACCUUGUCCGUGUCGCCUCGGCCUUCCGCAUUGCCCGCCACGACAAAAAAAAAAAGAAAAUGGCAGCACCUGCAACCAUGACUGUCGGCGUCUUGGCGCUCCAGGGCGCGUUCGCUGAGCAUCUCACCCUGCUUCGCAGAGCGGGAGCAACGAUCGCCGGCGAAUCUCCCGCCUUCGAGUUCAUAGAGGUUCGCACGCCGGAGCAGUUGGCCCGCUGCGAUGCUCUGGUCAUCCCUGGUGGAGAGAGCACCACCCUCGCCUUUGUGGCCAAGCAGACCAACCUUAUGGAGCCCCUGCGGCAGUUCGUCAAAGUCGACUCAAAGCCCAUCUGGGGCACCUGCGCGGGCCUCAUCCUGCUCGCCGACGAAGCCACGGGCGCCAAAAAGGGCGGGCAGGAGCUGGUGGGCGGCCUGCACAUCCGCGCCCACAGGAACCACUUUGGUCGGCAGGUGCACAGCUUCCAGGCCGGCCUGGACCUGACCUUCCUCGCGGACCUCCAGCAGGACGGCGGCGGCGGCGGUAAGGAAGCAGUGGCCUCGGGACCGUUUCCGGGCGUCUUCAUCAGGGCCCCCGUCGUCGAGAAGAUCCUGGCGGGCGACGGCGCGGCGGGCCCCCACGUCGAGGUGCUCGGCUCCGUGUCCCGUGGCGGCGAGGGCGGCGAGGAGGACAUCGUCGCGGUGCGCCAGGGCAACAUCUUUGCCACGAGCUUCCACCCGGAGCUGACGGACGACGUCCGUGUUCACUUGUGGUGGCUGCAGCAGGCUGUCAAGGUCAAGACUGGCAACUGACAGUCUGUAGUUACCCCGCUUGGAUCUUGUCUUUGGAGUGGUAUUAGACCUGUUAGCGUUGCUAAAUUACGGCUUGGACGUAUUGUUGUGUAUUAGGCAUUGCUGCCCCGGCAGAUAGAUUAUAAUACAGCAGGUAUCGUUUUUUUGUGG